AUGUGCAGCCUGGGCAAGGUGAAGCCCUUCUUCGGUGACGUGAUGCCCUCACCCGCCAUGAAGUCAUGUCUAGAGGCCAGGUCGUACAAGAAGGAGGUCGUACUGCUCACUGAGUCACGGUUAAACCCUGCGUACCAGACGUUCCGUUCCCUGCUCGACCUGGGUUACGAGCACGCGGUGUUGCUGUCCACCCUGGAGCGGUGUGUACGGAGCAACGCCACGUGGCCGCGGUUGGGGUGUGUGUGGUCCACACAGCCCCUCCUCAGCCAGAUGAGAUACCUCAUGGACAGGAUUAAUUGUGGUGUGGUGUACAUUCGUAACGCUCGGCCAGACGGGCCCGCGGCGUACGUGCUGGCCGAGGUGCUUGACCGCCUGGAGAGAUGGGCUGACAACCCGGGUUACUUCAGUGGCCGGGGGCUCAACGGCUGGUGCUGGGACCAACAGAUGUACAGCGAUGCGUUCUUGUCGACACUGGCGGGUCGCCCUGUGUCGUACAGCUGUUGGUUAAAAUACGAACCGCCCUCGUUGAAGGCUGAGUGGGAUGAGUCACAUGUACGACUAUUCGGGGGAAGACCCGGUCGACCCUUUGAACAUCAAGAUUAUCUCAGGGAUGUGCCCGCGCCCUGGCCCGCUGAGCUGCUGACUGAGGCCCCGGACUACCCCCACAAGAGGGUGGAGACCAUUUGGAUGGCCACCAUGCGGGUCCCUAAUGCCCGGGGCGAUUGGCCUAUGGAGCUGGGGGGUGCCGUGUACCCGCCUCAGCGGGGGGAGACGUCGCGAAUAUGGCGGGAAAUAUUGGAGGCUGAUGGAGUCCCUCUGUGGCCGGAUCCCGAGGACCCCACGAAGGCCGACCUGGCCGCCACCAUUACGGAGACAUUUGCCUACUUGCCCAUCUACCUAUCGGAGAGCUGGUCCCAAGGGGGGGCGCUGGGCUACUGGAACCCCGCACUGCUGCGACCCACGGGUCAGCCACCUGCGGCGCUGGCGCAUUUCGUACAUGUCCCCGGGGGGGCAACGAAUAAAUUGACCGUCAAGAUGGCCUUCAACCAUUGGGACUGGGACGUGGCCCACGCAGCUCACCCCAACCGGGGCGUGUUCUUCGCCUCCACGCGAGCCGCCCCCCUGCCGGACGUCCUGGCCCUCGACCCGCGGCUGGUGGCGGGGGGGAAGUGGUCGCAGGAGGGGGACUUCGCGGCGGUGGUGUUGGCGCUGCUGCGGCUGGCCCUCGAGAUGGGUCGUGCGGUGGCCUACCCCGCACCCCCCUGCAACGCCAGCUGGCUGGGGGGGGAGGCCAACAACCGGCUGCCGCUGGUGGUGCAUCACGAACGCAACGCAGCGGAACCCGGCGGGGUACCGACGGGUGGGUUCCACAUCCCCUACUCGCCGCGGGGAAAGGGUUUCAAGGACCUGCGAUGUCUGUGGGGCGGGUAUCUGCCUUUCGGGUGCCAGGCGUCAAGAUGGUACUUUCCGGGCGGGCUCCUCGCGCCCGAGUACGACCACCUCCUGGACAUCAUUCGCCGGGACAGCGCGGGACUUGCGGCGGCGCGCCAGAGCGCCGAGCACCUCAGCCAGCUGGGCUUCAGCACCAGGGCGGAAGAUUUGCUGGCGUCGCCCGGCUUCGGCGGCGGCGUCAGCAGCGGCAGCGGCUUCAGCGUUGAUUUCCAGGGCGGCGGCGGCGACGUAGUGACGGUGCCCCGGGAGCUGCUGCAGCCGCCGGCGGCGGCGGCGGCGUGGGACGUAACUCGGCUGGCGGCGGCGCUGAUGGACAAGUACGGCGGUCCCGGCAGCGGACUCCAGGCGAACGUCGCCGAUCUGGCGGCAGCAGCUACGGCGGACGUGGACAGCGCCACCACCGCCGCCGCCGCCGCCGCCACCACCGCCAGUAGCGGACGGCCCCGUGUAUUGGUGCUGCCCGAGGUACCUCGUCUCACGGAGGUGCUGGGCCCCCGACAUGAGCUAUUCAAACGGGAGCUGGCUACGGGUCCGGACCGAAACGUCAUGUCGUGUGACUGGAUUUUGACUGGGAGGCCGUACAGACGGCGGCUGCUGCAGCAGCAGCAGCAGCAGGGUAGUGCCAUGGCACAGGCGAUGGCGGCGUGGCGAUUAGGGGAGCUGCUGGAGGCGGAGGAGGUGGAGGCGGACGAAGCCUAG